AUGGCUGCCUUGGGGCUCCUCUCGCUGGCUGCGGGCGGCCUUGCUGGGGAUCAUCAGCUCACCGAGGAACUGACGAAGGACAAAUCGACCUUGAUUGCCGACGCCGUGAAGAAGUCAACUGGACGAUCUGCGCAUUUCCACUGCAUGCUGCGUGCACGUCCCCGUUCGUUGGUUCGUUGCACUGCCGUCGCCAUCUUCCUCAACAUGGAGGCCCUUCUUCGAAAUCACGCCGGAGCUGUGGGUGCCUCGACCCCGGCCUCAGUGAUGUGUGGAAGCCUGGGUGAGAGAGAGCCCUUGUGGGCUUCGCAAGUCUAG